CCUAAAUCUUUCAUGAAUAUUCAAAUAAAUGAUAAUAGUAUCGAUAAGUUUCUCGGUGAAAAAAAAUCCAGGACUAUUGAUUGAUUAGACAGCAAAUAAGUUUUGAGAAAUAAUUUCUCGUAAUCAAAUAAAAAAAUUCCUUUACAAUUUAGAGCACAGAAGAUUUGACAUUUUGUGACGAAUAAAUCAAAGCAAAGAAAUUUAACUGCUUAUCUUAUGGAAAAUCAAUUAAUAUAACAAAUAACACAUAUUAAUAAAGAGCCAUGUCAUUCCCAAAUAAAGAGGAUCGGCAAAGAUGUUGGGGUGCAAGGGAUAAAUAUUGGGAAUGCCUAGAUAAAGUUGGUGAAGGCGAUCAAUCUCCUUGUGCAGAGUUUAGAAAAUUAUAUGAAUCCUCUUGCAGCUCACAAUGGAUCAAACAUUUUGAUAGAAAAAGAAACUACCUGGUAUUCAAGAAUAAGAUAGAAAAUGAAGGGUAUGAGCCAUUAACAGAAAAUAACAGAACAACUUGAUGUACAUUUGUAAUGAAUUAGCAGAUAACUAAUACAUAAAAUAUUUCA